AUUAUGUUUUUUUUUUUAUAGCAGCAGCUGACGGAGGAUUUGAGAGAAAGCAGCUGCUCAAAAUGACUGAAAAUAAACAGAAAGUAACGAGGAGCCACUGUCCUCCAGAGAGGAAGGACAUUCAGCCUUAAUGGAGUCUGGUGAAGGAACACAAUGAUGCUGUCACUUUGCCACCAUGAAGGACAGUGGACUUCAAAAACAUGUGUGUUUUCCAGUCUCCACCCAGCAGUGAUGAUGCUGCUGGGGGUGGAGGAUCCUGCUCCUUUUAAUAGGCUGAGGAACCCGCCAGUUUCCAACAAGUCAGGGACUCAAAUCAGUGUAAACGCACCUCUGCUGAGACAAACUGGGAGACAACAUGCAGAGGAUCAGCCGCCCGGCAGGAUCCAGAUGAGCAUUUUCUUUUGAUGCAUCCUCAAUCGAAACGCAGCGAUAAUGCGACAGCCUGCAAUGAUCCCCAAAAGUGAGGGGAACAACAAAGGAUCAAGGAACAACCAUCUCAGAUAACUGCUUUAUACUGUAUAUAUGACAAAGUUGCAGAGUUUGAAUCUGUGAACGCGAGUUAGUGGAAAUAUCAGUGCUUCUUCACUUGCAAUUCAUAUUUAGGGUCGUAGCUAGGUUUGUAGAUAUUGCACCUGGACAAAACACUGCUAGUCUUCAAAUAAACGCAGAAGUUAGUUCGUUCUGUGCUGUUAAAGAGCAACAAAAGUGCUCCAACAUGGCUGCAGCCGCCACCAUGGAAGUGGCGGACAUCACCAUCGUAGUGAUCUACUUCAUCGUGGUGCUGGCGAUCGGUUUCUUUGCCAUGCGGAAAGCCAAUAAGGGCUCAGUGAGCGGCUACUUCCUCGCCGGACGCUCCAUGAAUUGGGCGGCUGUGGGAGCGUCCCUAUUCGUCAGCAACAUAGGAAGCGAGCAUUUCAUUGGACUAGCUGGGUCAGGUGCUGCUAGCGGUUUAGGCGUGGCUGCGUGGGAAUUAAACGCUCUACUGCUGCUCCAGUUGUUAGGCUGGGUGUUUAUCCCUGUGUAUAUUCAGUGUGGCGUCUACACCAUGCCGGAGUACCUGUCCAAACGGUUCGGCGGGAUCCGACUCAAAGUGUAUUUUGCAGCGUUGUCGCUCAUCCUGUACAUCUUCACCAAGCUGUCCGUAGAUCUCUACGCUGGGGCCUUGUUCAUUCAGGAGUCCUUAGGGUGGAACCUCUAUCUGUCUAUCAUCAUCCUCAUCAGCAUGACGGCUCUGCUGACAGUCACUGGAGGCCUGGUCGCCGUCAUCUACACGGACACGGUCCAGGCUUUCCUCAUGAUCGCCGGAGCACUCUGCCUCACGGGCAUCAGCCUCUACAAAGUGGGAGGACUAGAAGGGGUGAGGACCAAGUACAUGCAGGCUUCACCAAACAUCACCGCCAUCUUGAUGUCUUCCCCCAACCUGACGUAUUCUGAAUCCUGCCACCUCCACCUCCAUCCGAAGCCAAAUGCUCUGAAGAUGCUCCGAGGCCCGACGGAUCCAGACCUGCCUUGGCCCGGUUUCCUGCUGGGCCAGACUCCUGCCUCUAUUUGGUACUGGUGUACAGAUCAAGUGAUUGUCCAGCGGGUUUUGGCAGCGAAGAACAUUGCCCAUGCCAAAGGUUCUACCAUCAUGGCUGGCUUUCUGAAAAUCCUCCCCAUGUUCAUCAUCGUCAUCCCAGGGAUGAUUUCCAGGAUCCUCUUUGCCGAUGAGUUGGCGUGCAUCAGCCCGGAGCACUGCCUGGAAGUGUGCGGCUCCACGUCUGGCUGCAGCAACGUGGCUUACCCGCGGCUCGUCAUGUCGGUGAUGCCCGUCGGCCUCCGCGGCCUCAUGAUGGCCGUCAUAAUCGCAGCCCUGAUGAGCGACCUGGACUCCAUCUUCAACUCCGCCAGCACCAUAUUCACGUUGGACAUUUACAAGAUGCUACGAAAGCAGGUGUCGUCCCGGGAGCUGGUGUUGGUCGGCAGGUUGUUCGUGGUCUUCAUGGUGAUCGUCAGCAUCGCCUGGGUGCCCGUCAUCAUCGAGAUGCAGGGAGGCCAGAUGUUCUAUUACAUCCAAGAAGUAACGGACUACCUGACCCCACCCAUAGCUGCGACCUUCUUGCUUGCCGUGCUGUGGCAUCGCUGCAAUGAGACGGGGGCCUUCUGGGGCGGGGUGGUGGGGUUUGUCCUCGGAGCGGUGCGUCUGAUUUUGGCGUUGGUUUACCGCGAGCCUCGCUGCGACCAACCAGACGAGCGGCCAUCUUUCAUCAAAGAUGUUCAUUUCAUGUAUGUGGCGGCCAUUUUGUUCUGGGCGUCGGCUUUGGUGACUGUAGUUGUGAGUCUAUGCACCCCUCCGCCCAGAAAAGAACAAAUCAGAAACACCACCCUGUGGGGGUUAAACAAGAGGAAGAGACUAAAACAUGGUGCUCAUAAAAAUGCUCAACCAAGCAAUGAACACGCUAUCGAAGCCAGUGACAUAGAAACACAUCUUCCAAUCCACUCACCAAUUACUGACCUCAAAAUGGUAGCAGAGGGAGAAGGGAGAGGGGUGAGGGUUGAAAAGGAGGGAGAGGAAGCCGGCCUUGGAGGAGUGGAGGGUGGGAGGUUUAUGAAGGCUAUGGUGUUUCUCUGUGGCUUCCAGGAAACGCCGACUGAAGAUCAGGUCAUCACAGUCCAAGAACAGGAGAAGAUCGUGGAUGAGCUUCUCCAUGAACCUCCUCGAACCAGAAUCCUCCUGAACACAGCUCUGGUGGUGAUCUGCUCCGUCGGCAUCUUUCUCUUUAUCUAUUUCUCCGUAUAGAC